CCGGGGGCUCGCUCCGCCUGCGGGGUGCCGCCAUGUCGAGGUUCUGCCUGGCGCUUCGCCGCCCUGACGGGGAGCGGGCGGCAGGGCCUGGCGUGGAGGAGGAGGAGGUUUAUCGGUGGGGUCUCACAGGCAUUAAGCUUCGUCCAUAUCAAAUAGAAGGUGUAAACUGGCUGGUGCAGUGCUACAAGGUCCAGCAUGGCUGUAUCCUCGGUGAUGAGAUGGGUCUCGGGAAGACUUGUCAGACCAUUUCUCUACUUCUUUACUUGACAAAAAAAGUAACGAACAAAGAGAGAUUUCUGAUACUGUGUCCUCUGUCUGUUCUGAGCAACUGGAAGGAAGAACUGGAGAGGUUUGCUCCAGGUCUCUCCUUUGUGACAUACAUAGGCAACAAGGAGGAACGACCCAAGCUGCAGCAGAAUCUGAAAGAGCAAUCUCACUUCCAUGCGCUCUUAACAACAUAUGAGAUUUGUCUGAAAGAUGCAGCAUUUCUCAAACUUUUUAACUGGGCUGCCUUGGUUGUAGAUGAAGCUCACAGACUGAAAAAUCAGAGCUCUCUGCUUUACAAGACACUUUCUGAGUUCUCAGUAGGCUUCAGCGUGCUACUCACAGGCACACCAAUCCAGAACAGCCUCCAAGAACUGUACUCCUUACUCAGCCUUAUUGAACCUGACAUUUUUCCUAGGGAACAAGUGAAAGCAUUUGUGGAGUAUUACCAGGCAAUUGAAAAGGAGAGUGAGACAGCCAAAGAAUUGCACAAUCUUCUGCAGCCAUUUUUGCUUCGAAGAGUCAAGUCUGAGGUGGCUGCAGAGCUUCCGAAAAAGGUCGAAGUGGUUCUAUACCAUGGCAUGUCAGCUCUGCAGAGGAAGUAUUACAAAGCUAUUUUGAUGAAAGAUCUAGAUGCAUUUGAAAGUGAAACAGGAAAGAAAGUAACACUUCAGAAUGUCCUAAGUCAACUUCGGAAGUGUGUCGCCCACCCAUAUCUUUUCAAUGGUGUUGAGCCAGAGCCCUUUGUGAUUGGAGACCAUAUUGUUGAAGCCAGUGGCAAGCUGUGUUUGUUGGAUAAACUUCUUUCCUUCUUGUAUGCUGGUGGCCAUCGUGUCUUGCUGUUUUCUCAGAUGACUCAACUGCUUGACAUUCUGCAAGACUACAUGGAUUAUAGAGGCUACAGCUACGAGCGGCUGGACGGGUCUGUCAGGGGUGAAGAGAGACACCUUGCCAUUAAGAACUUCGGUCAGCAGCCCAUCUUUGUCUUCCUGCUGAGCACCAGAGCAGGUGGAGUUGGCAUGAACCUGACAGCAGCAGAUACAGUUAUUUUUACUGACAGUGAUUUUAACCCACAAAAUGACUUGCAAGCAAUAGCAAGAGCUCACCGGAUUGGGCAGCACAAGCCUGUAAAAAUUAUCCGCUUGAUUGGGCGAGAUACAAUUGAAGAAAUAAUCUACCGAAGAGCUGCUUCCAAGCUUCGGCUGACAAAUGCCAUUGUAGAAGGAGGCCAGUUUGCUCUGGGAGUACCCAAGCCUCAGGGAGCAGCAGAGUUACAGCUGAGUGAAAUCCUGAAAUUUGGCUUGGAUAAAUUGCUGUCCUCUGAAGGGAGUACUGUUCAAGAUGUGGAGCUAGAAAACAUCCUUGGAGAGACAAAAGGAGGGAAGUGGAUAAUGGAUGUUGUCCUGCCACGCGAGGAAGAGAAUGAAGAGGAGGAUACAGAAAAUCACAUGUAUGUAUAUGAAGGCAAAGAUUAUUCAAAAGAACCCAGCAGAGAAGACAAAAAAGCGUUCGAUCAGCUUUUGGAUCUUCAGAAAGCCUUGACCGAAGAGACCACUAUGGAGGGGAGAGCUCUCCGGAACAAAACAAACGCCCUUCUGUCAGGCCUCCGGGAACAGUCGACCAGGAGGAAACACUUGUUGAGCACGGAGGAGCUGGAGGCUAGGAGGAAGAAGCGCCAAGAAGCAGCAGCAAAGAGAGCAAGGCUUAUGGAGGAGAGGAGGAAGGCAAAAGCAGAGGCAGAACACAUGAAAAAGAUGGCCUGGUGGGAGUCAAAUCAUUACACGUCUUCCUGUCUCCCUUCGGAGGAAAGUGAUUCUGAAGAAGAGUCUGAAGAAGGAGAGUCUGCGCUGAAUGUAGAUUUAGAUUACAAAGAUGUGGACCUAAACUGUAUCAAAUAUGUCAUGGGAGAUGUCACCCACCCCAAAGCAGAAGAGGAGGAUGCCAUCAUUGUCCACUGCCUAGAUGACUCCGGCCGCUGGGGAAGAGGUGGUUUGUUUACAGCUCUGGAGACUCGUUCUGAUCAGCCAAGAAAAGUAUAUGAGAUGGCAGGAAAGAUGAAAGACCUGCAGUUAGGAGGAACCUUGUUAUUCCCCAUUGAUGAUAAAAAAUCCAGGAAAAAAGGACAAGACUUGUUGGCCUUGAUUGUAGCUCAGCACCGAGAUCGAUCCAACAACUUGUCUGGCAUUAAGCUGUCUGCUCUGGAAAAGGGCCUGAAGAAGAUUUAUUUUGCAGCUAAGAAAAGGAAUGCAACAGUACAUCUUCCACGUAUUGGGUAUGCGACAAGAGGUUUCAACUGGUAUGGUACCGAGCGCCUCAUCCGGAAAUAUUUGGCAGCACGGGGUAUCCCCACUCUCAUAUACUACUUCCCUAGGAAUAAAGGGUUUUCCUCUGCUUCACAACCAUCUUCAUCUUCAACAACAGUCUCAAAGCCAUGACGAGGCAAUAAUUUUAUUGAGAAACGUGCACAAAAAACGAGGAUCUUUUUAACAUUGUGUAUGCAUCCACUUCAGAAACAUGGCUUAUGCAGUCGUUACUUGUCUCUGUAUCUCUCUUACUUUACUGGUCCUUAUAUACCACUUAUAUACUGUCAGUGGCUCUGGGGUGGAAUCAGACUAGUUCAGAGAGUGUUUGGAUGAGGAUGUUGGCUCAAUCCUAAAUCUGUUUUGGAGAUGGAAAAUUAAAUUUUCAUCAGUGGUCAGUCGUUAUCCCUUACAUUAAAGUUCUUGCUAUGACUUGGAAUAAUAUCCCUUAAUCACUUCUUUUCUCCCUUUCAGAUUUCAUACUAUACCUUUGUUCAGUCAGCUUUUAAUGAUUUCCUGGAACAGUGUACAUGCACACAUAAAUGUCUCAAUGUAAAGAAGUUGUCUGUAUUAACAACGCCACAUGACACCUGCAUAGUAUAAACUGUUUAUACCGUUCCAGUUCCCCAGAAGCCCGAUUAAUUUGCAUUUGUUCAAACAUAAAAAUUUAGGCGUAUAAUGAUGUGCUUACAGUCUAGCAGAAUCUUGACCAGAAUUCUUGUCAAAGGCAUGCAAGGCUGCCAAAACUUGAGAAGGGUUUUAUAAAUGACACCCUUCUUCCUCCCACAACUACUUCUUCAUUAUGCAGUUCUUUGGCUGUUGCAGCUGUUGGGCAAAACCAGUUCCUUAACACAGCCCAAAAAGCUGUUUGAAAGGUUCCAUGACCCUUUGAUUCAAUUUAAAGAAAUCUUAAUGCAAAGUUUUUGACAUUGGCUUUAUUCUAUUGCAACAGAACUUUCCUGGGUUUUGUGUUGUUGGUACUAUUGGCUUUAGCAUAUAGGGUACAACCAGGCAAGAGUAGCUCUCCUAGUGUUUUGACCAGAAGGAAAGAGAGAGACAGGGAGGUGCCAAACUUGAUUCAUCAGUAAGUUGAGCUUCCAAAAGGAAAUAACCCCACAAGUGUUGGAAAGUAUGUCUUUAAAUAGCCAAUUGCCAACACGCUUUUCAUUUGCUGAAUUUUCACUGCCUCUGUACCACUGUCUCGUUACUUUAAUAUUAUCACGCCUGAUUUUUGAUACAGAUCGUCAUGCUGACUGGCAUGCUCCACACUAGAAGCCUUUCUGAAUUGGAUAAUCUCUCAUUCCCUCUUAGCUCUACUAGAAAACCCCAACUGAUUCAUUAUCUCCUUUAACCCUGCUGAAGCUUUUGUAAGCUAGUGCUGCGUUGCCCCUCUGUGGGUAGGACCUUUCAGUUUCUCAGAGGAGUAACCCCUGUGGAUUUGGCAAAGGGCUUGCAGGAUCGGAGUCUGACUGUGAAGACUUUCUGGGGUGAAAGGUGAUGAGUAGCUGUACAUUACCUUGUUUUCCUCCUUAGGUGAACUGGCACUCUUCCAGCUGGCCGGCUGGUGGCACUGUUAAUCAUCAUCAGCAGCAGCAGCACAUGUUGCUCUUCAUCCUCUUUUCAGAGAGCAGGGCAGCGAUCUCCAGCCUGGAAAAAUAUUACCUUUUUGCCAGAAUUAAAGGAUCAGUUAUG